AUGGCAGGUCCCGACUCAGAAUCCGGUCUCGAGUCCGGUCCCGACUCCGAGUCCGGUCCCGACUCCGAGUCGGGACCCGACUCGAAGUCCAGGUCACACUCCGAGGCCGAUCCAAACUCGAAGUCCGGUUCCAACUCCGAGGCCGAUCCCGACUCAGAUGAACUCGGAGGCCGUCCCGGGUCGGAGACAGCUCCCAACUCAGAAUACGAUUCCGAUUCGGAAGCCGUCUCGACCCGGUGGGACUCAGAGGCCGGUCCCCACUCGGGUACAGGUACCAACUCUGAAUACGGUCCCGACUCAGAGCACGGUCCCGUCUCAGACGUUGGUCCCGACUCAGAGGCCAGUCCCAACUCGGUCCCGGGAGAGUCCAGGCCCGAGUCAGAGUCCAGUCCCAAGUCGGGGUCCUGUCCCGAUUCAGGAGCCGGUCCCGACUCAGAAGCUGGUCCCAAGUCGGUGGCCGGUCCCGACUCAGAAGCCGGUCCCGAUCAGGGGCCGGUCCCGACUCAGAGUCCGGUCCCGACUCAGAGUCCAGUACCAAGUCAGGAGCCACUCUCGACUCAGAAACCGCUCCCGACUCAGAGUCCAGUCCCGACUCAGAAGCCGGUCCCAAGUCAGGGGCCGUUCCCGACUCAGAGUCCAAUCCCAAGUCAGGAGCCGCUCCCGACUCAGAAACUGCUCCCAACUCAGAGUCCGGUCCCGACUCAGAAACCGCUCCCAACUCAGAGUCCAGUCCCGACUCAGAAGCCGGUCCCAAGUCAGGGGCCGGUCCCGACUCAGAGUCCGGUCCCAAGUCAGGAGCCGCUCCCGACUCAGAGUCCGGUCCCGACUCAGAAGCCGGUCCCGAGUCAGGAGCCGGUCCCGAGUCAGGAGCCGCUCCCGACUCAGAGUCCAGUUCCGAGUCAGGAGCCGGUCCCGACUCAGAAGCCGGUCCCGAAUCAGGGGCCGGUCCCGACUCAGAGUCCGGUCCAAAGUCAGGAGCCGCUCCCGACUCAGAGUCCGGUCCCAAGUCAGGAGCCGCUCCCGACUCAGAGUCCGGUCCCAAGUCAGGAGCCGCUCCCGACUCAGAGUCCGGUCCCGACUCAGAAACCGCUCCCAACUCAGAGUCCAGUCCCGACUCAGAAGCCGGUCCCAAGUCAGGGGCCGGUCCCGACUCAGAGUCCGGUCCCGACUCAGGAGCCGCUCCCCGACUCAGAGUCUGGUUCGAGUCAGGAGCCGCUCCCGACUCAGAGUCCAGUUCCGUGUCAGGAGCCGGUGCCGUGUCAGGAGCCGGUCCCGACUCAGAGUCCAGUUCCGAGUCAGGAGCCGGUGCCGUAUCAGGAGCUGGACCCGACUCAGAGGCCAGUCGAGGCUCAAAAGGUCCACUCUUGUAUGGUCCGUCAGUUUGAAUAUCAUCCGUAUGAAAUCCGCAACAAAAUAUAUUUAGAAAUCUCUUCCACGCCUUUCCAACUCGGUUUCUUCUCAGAUGGAUUUUUCUUGGCCUCGACAAAGUUCUCCUGA